GGGGCUCCCACGACGCUCCCGUUCCAUCGCUCAGCGACACGAGAAGGAAACCAAGAAGUUCUAGGGUUUGGUCUUUCCUUGAGCGUGGAGUGGAGAGCACGGAGAGGAUCGAGGGAUGGCGAUGGACGAAGCCUUGCUGGACGGCAUCAUCGCCAGGCUCAUCGCCCCGAAGGCCGCCGCCGGGAAGGGAUCGAAGCAGGUGCAGCUCUCGGAGCCGGAGGUUCGACAGCUGUGUGUAUCCUCGAAGGAGAUCUUUCUCGCCCAACCCAAUCUCCUUCAGAUCGAGGCCCCUGUCAAGAUUUGCGGAGACAUCCAUGGCCAGUAUUCUGAUCUUCUCCGACUGUUUGAAUACGGUGGGUUGCCGCCAAAUGCAAAGUAUCUAUUCCUUGGGGACUAUGUCGAUCGUGGCAAACAUAGCAUAGAGACCAUAUGCCUUCUCCUUGCAUAUAAGAUAAAGUACCCGGAUAACCUCUUCCUUCUAAGAGGCAACCAUGAGUGUGCUUCGAUUAAUCGUAUAUACGGGUUCUAUGAUGAGUGCAAAAGAAGAUUUAAUGUUCGUUUAUGGAAGGUUUUCACAGAUUGUUUCAACUGCCUUCCUGUGGCUGCCCUAGUAGAUGAGAAGAUCCUAUGCAUGCAUGGGGGAUUAUCUCCUGAUUUGAAGGACUUAAAUCAAAUCAGAGAGAUUGUUCGACCAGUAGAUGUACCAGAUGAAGGUUUAGUUUGUGAUUUACUGUGGUCCGAUCCCGAAAAGGACUUUGAAGGCUGGGGAGAAAAUGAUAGGGGUGUUUCCUAUACUUUUGGAUGUGAUGUAGUGGUUGAGUUCCUUCAGAAGCAUGACUUGGAUCUCGUAUGCCGAGCCCAUCAGGUUGUGGAAGAUGGGUAUGAAUUCUUUGCAGAUCGGCAACUGGUGACUAUUUUUUCUGCCCCAAAUUACUGUGGGGAGUUCGAUAAUGCCGGUGCUAUGAUGAGUGUGGAUGAAGAAUUAACCUGUUCAUUUCAAAUCCUUAAACCAAUCGAGAAGAAAGGAAAAUCUUUAUGUGCAAACAAUUUGUUGAGACCUGGGACACCUCCUAAAAAGAGAAAUUAUGAUUUCAAGUUGACGGAUUCUCAUGGUGAUGCUGAAGAAUAAGAGUUUCGACAUGAUCUGCUAAUCAAUAUAGCAUGUAAAUAGGUACCUUAUGGGUAUACCAUGCUCGUGGUGAAGAGGCCGGGGAACUUUUUGUACAUAGCUUCGUAAGUUACUUUGGAGUUGGUGAACAACACUAAUUUAAUUCAAUUGCGGAUAGUGAAAUAAAAGAUGGCACCAAAAAUCCAUCAUUGAAUGGUUUGUUGAAA